AUGAUCGCAAACGGUAUCCUUAAUAGUAGCAAGGAACCAACAACACGUUGGGAUUGUUCUGAUGUUGAUCAGGAAAUGGUUAGGAUGUUUCUUGGUGAACGAUUACGUUUUCCGUAUGCAAGUAAUGUUGUUGCGCCAAAUCGAAUGAUGAAAAGCGCAAUGAGUGAACAG